AUGUUUUUAUCUGUGUAUUUCAUUCUUGGAAUAUUAUGUGUUUUGCAUAUAGUAUUUAAUUACAAUAAAACCGCAAGGAUGAUGAGAAAAAUUCCAGGAUUUCGAUUUAAUUUUAUAGUUGGGAACGCAUUAGAAUUAUUAGUGUCGCCAGAGGCAUUAUUCGCUAAGGCGAGAGUUUGGGCAUCACAAUUUCAGGGCAUAUAUGGAUUUUAUGUUUAUCCAAACAGUUGUAUUAAUAUAUACAAUGCAGAAGAUGUUAAAAUCGUACUUUCUUCUUUCAAAUAUCAUCAGAAAAGUAUGAUUUACACGUUAUUGAGACCUUGGCUACAAAACGGACUUCUCGUUAGCAAAGGAGCACAGUGGCAAGAACGCAGAAAAAUUCUUACACCAACAUUCCAUUUUAAUAUCUUAAAAAGAUACUACCCUGCUAUGGUGGACAGUACGGCACGUCUUUUGGAAGUGUUAGAUAAAACAAAUGAAAAAUCAACGGAUAUACCACCUGUCAUAUCGGAAUUUACUUUGACAACCAUUUGCGAAACUGCGAUGGGAACAAAGCUAAACGAGGACGGUGGCGGAAAAAAGUACAAAGACGCUAUCCACGAUAUAAAGAAUGUACUGUUUCAAAGAUUCGUUUACAUACCACUUGCUAUAGACUUUAUAUUUCGUUUAACGCCUUUAUACAAACGCCAUACAAAAUCUCUAUCCACCAUUCAUAACUUUACUCAGAACGUAAUAAAAAAUAGAAAGGAACAGCUUAAAGAUAUUUCAGAAACGAAUGUUGUAAAUGACGAAACUGAUAAAGAUUUACACUAUGGGAAAAUGCGGACAGCAUUUUUAGACUUCUUAAUAUCAGCACAAAAGGAUGGGUUAACAGAUGAUGUUGGUAUUCAAGAAGAAGUAGACACUUUUAUGUUCGAAGGUCACGAUACCGUAUCAUCUGCCAUAACGUUUUGCCUACUAUUGUUAGCAGAGAAUAAAGAGAUACAGAACAGAGUAGUAGAUGAACUGCAAACAAUAUUUAUUGGAGACACAAGAACCGCUACAUUGGAAGAUAUAUCGUCAAUGCAUUAUCUCGAAUGCUGCAUCAAAGAAAGCAUGAGGUUGUAUCCACCAGUGCCAUUUAUCAGUCGAAAACUACCCGAAGCCGUCACUUUAAGUAACUACGUCGUGCCUAAAGGAUCGAUGUGCCACAUACAUAUCUUUGACCUCCAUCGGCAAGAAAGUUUGUUCAAAAAUUCUUUAAAGUUUGAUCCAGACCGCUUCCUGCCGGAAUACAGUGUGGGUAGGCACCCCUACGCCUAUAUUGCGUUUAGUGCUGGCCCAAGAAAUUGUAUUGGUCAAAAAUUUGCCAUGAUGGAAAUGAAGUUAGUUUUAUCAUCCAUACUUAGAAGAUUUGAAAUUAAUCCCGUCACGAAAUGUGAAGAUUUGAAGUUUACAGCUGAUAUAAUCUUGAAGAAUUCAGAACCGAUAAAGAUGAAGUUCAUCCGAAGGCUUGGCAUGAAAAUAGGAUCUAAAUCUGAUGAUGUAUAA